AUGGUUGCAUCAGGUGAUGGCACGUAUCGACUUCAUCACGGUGGCUGGACUCUCGUCCGAGCCGAGACGACACCUGCCUACGAUCGGUUCUUUGGAGUAAUCAAACGAUGCUGCAACGAUUUCUUAGGCUGGAAUCCGAGAUUUCAGUUUGGAACCCUAGAUCAUGCCGACUGCAUCGCCGCAGCGUACAAGAAGCAUUGGCAGGAUAUCAUGCUACUUAGCUGCUGGCCCCAUCUUAGUACCAACUUGACGAAAAAGAUUGCGUUGCUGAACAACAGAGAGCAAAACGAAAGCAACGUGCAAAAAGCCUUCGCCGCCUGGUUCAAGGAGGAGUAUUUAGCACCAGACUGGAAGUAUUGGUAUUACUCUGCCAGUAAAUCACCUGGCGUUACUCCAAACCAGAAUCCCGUGGAAGCGCAUAAUCGGGAUAUUGAACGCGUUGUGGGUCUCGACAAGUAUGCGGCAACAGAAGUCGUCCUUCGUACCACCCUUCCCAGACUUUUAGCUUACUUCGGAUCAGCGCGGGAUCGAAAAGGCAGCAGACUGCCUCGCCCUGAGAUCAAACCAUAUUCAUCAGGGCCUGUAUUCAUUGAAUGUGCGCGCAAGGCCAUGAUUUUAGCGAACUCAGAGAACUACUGUGAAGUGGAAAAGAACGACAAUGUCGUGGGACUGCUGUUUAACACGCGCAAGUAUUUGGUCGGCGAUACGAAUAUCCAACCAACACGUGUCGACGAAGACAGAGUUGCUAUGUUCAAAGCAUCGCUGCGUGGAGCAUCAGUCAGUCAGGAGAUCGUUGAGAACGUGUAUCCUCGCUACUUAUCCCUCCAUUUGGUUCGCAUUCAAGCGAACUUGCCGUUUAAGCACAGUUGGGAUUCCCCGAAUUGGCCGGAGUCUGAGAACGCAAUCCCUAAACUAUUGACCAAACUGGCCGCCAAGCCAGGAUUCCCAACGAACUGGAAGGUUCUUGUUCCUCUGGAGAUUGAAGACGAGAGCGGCACGGUGUCUAGAAACUUUGAUGGGGUGGUACGACCUUGGUUUACUAGAGACGGCAACUACUACUGGGAGAUUGAUUUUCCGGACGAAGAGGUUUCGACGGAGCCGUAUGACAUUCAAGAACUCGCGCAUGUCCUAAAUUUCACCGCUCGGUCGGGCUAUUCUUUUGUCUGA